AGAUCCAAACCAGAGCAGUUGUGCGUAAAGAGAGGAAGAAUCACCGUGGAUUUACUUUUGUUUGCGGUUUUGUUUUGAGCGGCUCUUUCUUCUGUUGGUCAUGUUUUUAAAGCUGGUGUUCACUUCAUUCGUGUUGGAGUAAUCUUGGAGUUUGAUAGCCACAGUCUCUGGUUACGCACAGCCAACUCCGUGCGCCUGGAGGAGGAGAAGCGGUUACUAUGCUGUUUCCCUGGGAGAACUCCUGCAACAUCACCAGUAGAAACUGCACAGAAGAGUUGAACUUGACGCAACAGCUCCAGACCAGAAACAUGACCGUGAAACGGAACGACACCGACCCGUUUGGGCGCAAUGAGGAGGUGGCAAAGAUCGAGAUCACCGUCCUGAGCCUGACGUUCAUCGCAGCGGUGGUGGGGAACGUAAGCGUGCUGCUGGCCAUGUACAAAACUCGUCGGAAACUGUCGCGCAUGCACCUGUUCAUGAAGCACCUGAGCCUCGCGGACCUGGUGGUCGCCUUCUUCCAGGUGCUGCCACAGCUCUGCUGGGAGAUCACCUUCCGCUUCUACGGCCCGGACUCCCUGUGCCGGAUCGUGAAGCACCUGCAGGUCCUGGGCAUGUUCGCCUCCACCUACAUGAUGGUGAUGAUGACUCUGGACCGCUACAUCGCCAUCUGCCACCCACUCCAGACGCUCCAUCAGCCGACCCAGCGCGCGCACAUUAUGAUCGGCUCCACGUGGCUGUGCAGCUUGGUUCUCAGCACCCCGCAGUACUUCAUCUUCUCCCUGAGUGAGGUGCACCCCGGAUCGGCCGUCUACGACUGCUGGGGACACUUCGUGGAGCCGUGGGGAGUGCGCGCGUACAUCACAUGGAUCACUUUAGGGAUUUUCCUCGUGCCUGUGGCUGUGCUCGUGUUCUGUUACGGACUCAUCUGCCACACAAUCUGGAAGAACCUCAAAUAUAAAACCCGGAGGAAGAGCGUGAGCGUGAGCGCCGUGGCAGAGGCCAAUAAGACCGGGAUCUUGAGCAGGAACUCGGUGAGCAGCGUCAGCACCAUCUCCCGCGCCAAAUUACGCACGGUGAAGAUGACUUUUGUGAUCGUGCUGGCGUACGUGGUGUGCUGGGCGCCUUUCUUCACCGUGCAGAUGUGGUCAGUGUGGGACGAGAACUUCUCCUGGGAUGGUGAGUGUGUGUGACACUGAAGUCAUACCAAAUUAAUCAGCAAAAUUAGGUCAUAGAGAUCAAUUUACAGCGCGCUAAGACCCAAUAAGGACAGUAAUUCUAGUGACGCCCUAAACGUUGUUUCUGUCUAUGAGUUCGAUACCUAGUUGGUGAUGUGAUGCAGCCACACGAAACGCACAAAUACUUGACAACAUUCACACACGAAAUGACUUAUAACAUCAGGUUCUUUAGCUAAUUAGGUCAGACGAUCAUAUGGAAAGGGCAAGGAUUAAGAAAAGGUCUCAAAUCAAAACCUAUUUUACAAAUCUUGUGAGCAGGAUUAAGUUUUUUCUUCUUUUGUCCCCAUUUUAGCACAUAGACACGAGUACUUCUUUCUUUCUUUCUCUUUCUUUCAAGUAGCCUACAUUUUCAAUGAGCUGAUCACUGUUCCUUACAAAAUUAGCAGAAUUAUAACAGAAACAAAAGGUUUUGUCUUUCCUUCUUUGAAUUAUAUAUCAAUGAAAAUAUGGAUUGGAGACUGUGCAGCACAUGAUGCCUCUAACGGUUUCAGUAAUCACUGACCAUGAACCUGGAACUGAAUGGAAAAAAAGACACCAACUUCAUCAUUAAGGUGCAAUUAUUAAAAUUUCAUGAACUUUCAGUGCUGAUGAAUUACACUGCUAAAAUCUAGUCUGCAGAGAUAACACAGCUGGGAUCUCAGAGGAGAUUAAAGGUUAAAGCUCCUGUAAGGAGUUUUUAGCUGGUAAGUAAAUGGCUUAAAAUUGAUGGACGAAAAGAGAACUGUUAACUAAGGCUGCAAAAGAUGACACAUCCACCCAGGUAACCCAGGUAUGCUCUGUGAGAUGACUCAAUAUGCUGUAACAGUCAAAAGUUUUAGAGAUGUAAUAUAACUGCAGUACCAAAGAGUACCACAAGGGGGCGUCGCCUUUUUUGUUCUUUUGAGACCUGCAGGUGCUUCACGAUAAGGAAGGACACUUAUUACUGACGAUUUGACGAUCAGGUUAUGCCUGUGUUCUACUGCUUGAGAAUAAUCAACAAAUAUACCGAUGUGAAGACCCGGGAUUGUAUUGACAUUGUUUAGUUCUGGUGGACUGCUGUGUGGAAAUCCCCACUGGGUUGUUGGUAACUCUCAUGUGCUAAACUGCCAUUUUUUGGCUCCUGCUAACAGACAGCAAGUUCAAUUUUAGAGCCCUGCCAAGUAGCUAACUCCACAAAACCAAAGUUAUUUGCAGUUUCUGCCAAUGUAAAAUGAGUUAUCCCCAAAGUACGCUGCAAAUACCACUUGUUGGCUAAGCACACUGCUCUUGAAAAUGAAUGUUUUUUGCUGAGUCAAAUGUUGUGGAUCACCAAAAAGAGACUGAAUUCUCAUGACUAGUUGUAUUUACACUGAGGAUGUUAACCUGAACCCUGCUCAAUUCUACAUACGUGGGUCGCUGACAACGUGAGCCUUCAUAGUUUUGGAAUAAUCUAUUAAUCCAUGAAUCUUUAUGGGUAUGAUGUGCUGAGUAUAGGGAGGGUACAACUUGAAUGUGUUUAACUAUUUCACAGAGAUCUUUUUGCCGAAAAUUGUGCACAUUGCUUCAUCUACGUUUGUUCUGCUUUGUCAUUUGGCCUUACGCUGAAAAGUUCCCAAAGGGGUAAAGUUACACUGAGUUUAACUACUUCGCCAUUAUCUUCAUCCGAACAUGAGUUGGGGUGAGGUUGCGUCGUUGUGCGGUAGCCUACCAUGCUCAGUGGUUGGGUUGUUUGUGCAGUGGUAAUGAACUUUUCUUAAGCCUUACAAUAAAUCUUGAUGAGCCAACAUCUGCAGUACUUCAAAAAAAGACAAUACUAACAUGGGCUUUUUAUGUUGAUCAUCCAAGUGUAGUUUUUAAGACUGUUGGCAUAGUCAAUGAAAAACACUCUAUCCGAGUCUCAUACUGGCGGGAACUUCAUUGGCUUUAUGUAAAGAGGAUAGUUUUCAAAAGUGGUCAGAUAAUUGCUAAAGUUUUUCUAAUUCAGCCCGAAAGAAAAUUCUUAACCAUAGCUCUAGAAAACCACACAGCCAUUGACUUUUAUAUCAAGAACAGUCACAAUUUUAAGUGCUGAACAAAGUCAGAAUUUGUCGUAAAGUUCAUGAAGUGACACUGGGGAAAAAGGGAUUAAAGUUGGUAAUUAUGAAUAUGGCCAAACUGCUCUAGAGAUAAAUGAGCAAUCAGUGUAGCAUGAAUUUUAUACGGUGGAGAUAAGGGUAUGCAAAUUGCACUGCAGGCUCAAAGUCAGUUAAAAUUGGCCUCGUUCAGCCUGAAAGAGAUGCUCGCCCACCUGAAGAAUUUCAAUCUAGCUACCAAAGACGAUUUUCUGACCCACGAGAGUUCAAGUGCUGCUCAGGGGCUCUCUGAGCCUGACAGGAAUACAUUUUCAGAGGAAUACCAAGUUCUUGUCCUCCCUCUGGAUUCAAAACCGUCCAAACCGAUAACUGUGAAAUGCAGCACCACAAGCUUUCAUCCCAAAAAAUGAAAAGUGGUUGUCAGAAAGUAUCAAGCCUCAGAAACUUAACUUUCAGUAAAAUGUGAAAUCUAAUUCAACCCGUUUCUGCGGGUGGAUCCAAGAUCCCAGACCCAAACCUGAUGGAAGUACACUAGAUUUAUACAGUAUGUCCAGUCUGAUUUAUAGAUGGAAAAUUAUGGAUACCAAUCAAACUGGUAGGUUAUAAAAAAGAAAACAUAAAACAUAAAAGCAAAGCAAACUGAAAGGAAUAUUUUAGAGACAACAUUACUCGAAAGGACUCUCACAGAUGUGCAUUUUUUUGGGGGGGGAAUUUAUCAAAAGAUUAAAAUUCAAGCAGAAUCAAAGAAGAUCCACCUUAGAAGUGCUUCUUAUAAAGAGAUCCAAAAGACCGGCCUGAUACCCUCAAGUGGGUCAUUUGAGAGAUUUGGACUCCCAACAGGAAAUGCUCAGCCUCCUUUAGUUGAUGAUAAAAAUCAUUUCUCUCCAUUAAAGUUGGGCUCCAUGAAUCAUAUGAAGACUUGUAAAAGAAGGGCAUGUCUGUCAGUUCAUUUGAACCAACCUUUUAAAUACAGCCUACAGCCUACAACAUGCCAAUUUCACACAAUUCAUCUUGAAAUGUACUCUACGGAUGCUUCCCGCGAAGACUGACAUGGCUAAUAUUGCUCAGUUGGACCACUAAGCUAAAAUGAAAUGUUGGAUUUCCGGCUUGUGUAACCAGCUGUUCCCACUCUUCCUGUUGUCAGUGAGAAACAAGUGGUUAGCUUGUUUUCUUGUCAACAUAACUAACACAACAUCAUCUUAUGUAAAAGUUCUAUUGAAUGGGAAAUAAACAACUUACAUUUGCCUAAACUUUGACAAAUAGAGGAUCGGCGAAUGCAUAUUUAAGAAAUACUUCACAGUGAAUUAAUCUGUGAUGGAAAUGAUUAUUUUGGGGUAUGUUAUGAUAAGGGUAUGUUUUAGAAACCACGAGGUUAUAUAGGGUGUCUUUGGAACUUAUUUCCAAAUAGGGUUGAGUUUUAAGUGCAGAUGUCCGAAAUGUAAAUCCAGUGAUAAAACAAGGUGUUCAAACAUGGGCUGAAUAAACACGUAACAGGCACCGGAUCAGUAACUCCAAAACACAGUUUAACUCCCUAAAGAGAAAAAGUAAACGCCUCAGAUUAGCUGCUGACAUCUGAGAGCAUGCCCAUUAACAAAUCUGUGUUUUUAUUCCCUCCACAGACUCCGAGAACGCCGCUGUGACGCUCUCCGCCCUGCUCGCCAGCCUCAACAGCUGCUGCAACCCGUGGAUCUACAUGAUCUUCAGCGGACACCUCCUCUCGGACUUUGCCAGCACCAUGCCGUGUUGCCGCCCGCUCCAAAACAAAUUCACCCACCAGGACUCGGACAGCAGCAUCCGGCGAACCACGCUGCUGUCACGCCUGCAGGGUCCACGCCUCUCAGAGCCUUUCAGAGACCUCAAUUCCACUCCCAAAACGUGCCCGUCUACAUCCUGACCUAGCCCUCUCUCUGUUUGUAUAGGUUACUGUUUUAUCUGGGGGGACACAGGAAACAUGAACUGGUCUGUAUCUACUGGUUGAGGCAGAGAAAGAAGGUAUAUCUUAUCCUAGGGAGCGACCACACCUACACUUUGUUGUUUUGGGUCCGAUCUGGAGUGGAAAAGUUUAGUCCACUUAGACUUUUAGUGUUGGGUUGUUUAUGUUCACAUGGCCUUUAAAAUAAAGAACUCCUUUCAGCCCGCUAGGUUGGACAGAGUCAAAACAAGUCCAGCCACUGUGAGCGUAGCCAUUAACAUGAUGGCUUUGAUCGCAAUCUUUGCAGUAAUUUAACUUGUCAAAUUUAUGAAAAAUAGAUGAAAAUAAGAAAUCUAUCAACACUGAGAUUCAUUAUGUGCUACAUGAGGAAACUCUGCCUCCCAUUUGUCAACAUGUAUUCUCAUAAGCUCUGGAGCAACAGGGGUCAGACCAGAUCUGUUCAAGUCUGGGUCAUUUGGACGGGUUCCAGUCUGGGUUGGCUGGUGUUGAAAGUCGGUAGAUAAAAUCAUAAAAUGUGUGGUACAAAGAGGGUCCAAACUUUCAUCUUUCAGCCCUGCUGCUGUUAGACAUUUCCUACAUACAUUUUUACACCUUUAAUUUUUCAUAUAGGCAUUAAGUAGUCUGACACUUCUUUCUGCUGAGGGACUUGGUUCCUGUUAGGUCUGUCGCAAUAUGUCGCAAGAGAGAGUAAUAUUAAAAUAAACAUACUGUAAUAUGAGUUCAUUGAAGUCUUUCUCACUGAUGGCAUAAAAGCAGAGGAGAUAAAGAAGCAGCAGCGGAAGCUUGCAAAAUAGCUGUAGCAGCCCUUUGAGAGACGACUCUGCACUUACAAAAACAAACACUACAGUACUAACAUUUAGAGCUUUGACCUCACUGGGUCACUAAUAAGUCAAAUAUUUAUACUGUCUCACAUUUCUUUUAACUCAAUUCUGUAAGUUACGAUCAACCGGGAUUAGCAUAUUGGUAUUAAAGCGCAGUGAAUGAGUUUUGACAAGCUAUCGUGACUAAAUUGUCAUUAUGGUAGUUUGUAGCCAUGAUAUUUGUGAAGUGAAAAUCCAAUGUCAUGACAGUCAAGAGGAGACUGUCCUACGAGAACCUACAGAUGGACCUCCUAAAACAUUCACAUCCUAUGCAAAUUUAGCAAAACUGAUAUGGUUGACUUAAAUCUGGUAAGCUAAUAUAGAAACUUAAUAUACUUGGUGUAAAUGACAUGAAUAUGUAACGCUAUUCAUGUCACUUCAAAGAUGUACCUCAGCCAUUUUGGUGUCGGACUUAACUGUUUGUCAAACUGCAUCAACUAAAUCUUGGGUUUUUCUUCAGUCAUACUAAAUUCAGCCACUGGGGGUAUUUUCUUUAUGAACAGAAAAAAAACAAAAAAAAAAACAAACAAACAUCAAAAGUACUCCCCUUACGUUAAACCAAAACACUUAAAGCUCCCUCUAGUGACCAGCUGCUGCAAAGGCUGUAAACCCAACUCAUUCCAUGUUAAUGGAUGGAACAUGGGUCAAACUAUAAAACUAUAAAAUAUAUGCCACAGAAGUAUUUGUAAAACAUGGUUUCUGUCACUGUAGUUACUUCUUUUGCUGAUUUAUGUCUGACUGUUUUACACAGUUUUAUUCUUUUUUUUCUGGAUUAUUAUAGAAGAAGAUGAACUGGGAGAAAACAUAAAAAAAUAAAAACACAAGUCAUUGAAUUUCUUUUUACCGUGAGUGUCUGCUGCAAACUGACACAAGAAUCUGUUCUGCUGUAAAUCUGAGCCUACUGUAGGAAUGAUGUUGAUGUUUUAUAGCAAAGUUAAAUACGUUCUCUGGUUAGCAGAAGCAACGCUGCUUCUCAAUUCAUGCCUUGGCUCCAUAAUAGGUCACCAGCACAAUAUGUCAGCAGCAAUUGCAGCUGCAUUUUACUCACAAGGGGAGACAGUAAAGCUGCAUUGUCUGUAUUGAUAUACAGUGAAUUCUGCAGACUGUCAUUUGUUGAAUAUUUCACUUUAAAUUUCCAGCCUCAUCAGUCAGUCAGUUGUACAUAAUUGCCUUAAAUCACGGUCACUGCGUUUGUCAAAGGUACUAAUGACCAUUUUAUUAUCAUCUGAUCUUAUCAUUGUUCAGUUACUUAAUGGAUAAGAUUUCAAGACUACAUAGAAAACUCAUCUUUAUUAAAAAAAAAGGUUUCAAUACAACUCCUGGCCAAGGAUCAAUCCAAACCCAAACAUGAUUCAGCACACAGUCUCAUAAAACAGGAAAAAAUAGCAAAAAAUGUUGUAUGGGGCCGAGCCAAGAAGGUUACUUUACAUUUGAAAAAAAAACAAAAAACAAAAAAAACUGAAACAAAGAAACAAAAAAAAAAACAUAUAUGUCGCACUCAAAAAAAACAAAAAACUGUAAAUUUACACCAGCUUUUGUUCAUAAGUUGUUUCUGCAAUUUGUAAAUAUCUUUAAUUAUUUUGUACAGUGAUUCAAAAGACAUGAUAAAUCUAUGUACUCACCGUGGAGACUGUAAUAUAGACGGAGUGGAAAAAGAUAAGUAAAUGUAAUGUAUUGUGAUUAUUUGUAAGAUGUCUGAGUAAAAUUUACCCUGUGAAUAUAAAUUGUUCUUUCUGAACUGUUUAAUGCUUCAGCUUUUAAGCUUCUUCAGAGACUCAUUUAUGGAUGUGAGUUGCUACUGGUAAGAUGUUUUCCAUCUGUAACGUCCUCUGAUAUGUUGGUUGAAUUGUAAAUAAAUGAUAAAAAUGAUAAAAAGUC